UCAGCUGUGUUCCUUGCACAUCAUUUCCUCAAAGUGCUCUGGGCCCAUACAACAGUUCAGAAUGGCUGCCACUUGAACAUCAACAGACAGGGAUUGCUGCUGCCCACAGCUCAGCAAACAAGAUGGACAGUCCACGUCCUGUGCUCCUUACCAAGGCGUCCGAGGCAGCUGCCGAGCUGGGCCGACCCAGCUCCACUGAGCGGGCUGUCACUGUGAUGCGGAAGGACGACACAGUGCUGCUGCCCAGUGUCGAGGGUGGUGCAUCAGACACAGGCGGGCGUCGGCCGGCGGCCAGUCUGAGCGUGCCGCCGCCGCCUCCGCAGCCCAUGUCGCGGCCUUGUCCGCUGCUCAGUGAGAGCCUGCAGGUGUCGGACACGGGCGUGGCCUGGCUCGGCGAGGGCACAGAGUUCCUGGUGGUGGGCGCUGUUGGGCGGCAGGGCGUCGGAAAGUCCACCGUCAUGUCCAUGCUGGCCGGACAGGCGCCGUUCUGUCCCAUCAAGAAGUACAUGUUUCCUCCGGAGACGGUGCAGCAGGUGCUGAGCAGUGAACACCGCACCAACGGUAUCGAGAUGAUGGUGACCGGUCAGCGGGCGGUGCUGCUGGACACCCAGCCGCUCCUGUCGCCCUCCAUCGUCGAUCUGCUGGCCCAGGGCGACCGCAAACUGCCCGGAGACGGCGGCUCGCUGGAGACCCAGAUGGAGCUACUGGCUCUGCAGCAGCUGGCCUUCCUCUACUCCAUCUGUCACGUGGUGCUGGUGGUGCAGGACUGGUGUGUCGACUCGGACCUCGUCAGGCUGCUGCAGACGGCCGAGAUGCUGAAGCCGUCGUCGACCUCUGCUCCGUCCGGAGACGACUCCUCCACCGACCACUACCCGCGGCUCGUCUUUGUCCAUAACCGCAGCACGCUGGCCCACUUCCAGCCAGACAACAUCAGACAACUGCAGGAGUUUUACCGGUCGGCGUUCAGUCAGUCGAGUCUGUGUGUGACCAGCGACAUUGGAGUGGGCAGUGGCGGCGUGCUACCCCAGGCGGGCCCGGAGACCACCGGUUCGCCCGUGAACCUGCUGCUGCUGCCAGAGUUCCUGCCUGGAGAGGAGGGCGUCGUAGCAG